AUGGCGACUGCAAUCCUUCUUCUUUUCUUUGCUACGGUGCUAUCCUCAUGCGGAUCAUGGGACAAAAGGACGGUAAUCUGCGUCCACAAAUAUGCCAGUGUUCUGCCUGGAAAAUUCUCCAGAACUCCUCCGAUCAACCUCGGGGCCACGGGCAGCUUCGCCUCAGCUGUGGUCCCCGCGGAUACAUCCUUUGCAUCGAUCGCGAAUGCUACUUUCAUUGUGUAUGAUCUUGCUCGAGCCCAGGCUAUCCGAGGGAGUGCGCCCACGUUCCAGAUGAUGUUAGCACGCCCAUGGUCCACCAUGAAGCUCCGACAUAUGUGCCGGAACUGGGCCGUCUCCUCCUCUGAAUUCUUUACGACUGGAAUCUACACCUUGGACCCCAAGACGAAUAAGACGACACCGCUCCUUAGCACCUACUUUGGGUACUACUUCAACGGAGCAGAUGACUUGGCCAUUGAGUCCAAUGGCGACAUCUGGUUCACAGACGACGACUACGGCUGGCUGGACAAGACGUCGACUAAUGCGCCGUCACUGAACCCGGCCAUCUAUCGAUUCCGACCUAGCACUGGAAUGGUGCAGGUGGCCAGCACAGCUCUGAGACAACCCAACGGCACUCGCUUUUCUCCGUCUGGCAAAAUCUUGUACGUGACCGACACAGGCGCGGCUUCAGGGUCUCUAUCGGUACCCUUUGAUGAGAUUUCUUAUACGUUGGACUACAGAGCACGAAGACCAGCUCCAUUAUCAAUCAACGCCCAAUCUACCAGGCUGUGGAGUGGGCGGGCUGAUGGACUGCAGAUCGCGCGCAACGGAUAUCUCGUCGCCGCUUCUGGAUAUCCCAUCGACAUUAUGGAUGGGACCGGUAUCCUGUUAGUGCAGAUCCAGGCGCCGUUUCGCGUCAAUAGCAUUGCGUUUGCAGGGAAGAACAUGAAUGAGCUCUGGCUUAUGGGGGUGCCUCCAAGUAUUGGACUUGGGUGA